CGCAGCAAGAGGCGGACCCUGCGCUGGUCUUCCCUCCACCACGCCCAGACCCAUUCGGCGCCCCGCCAGCCUCAGUGCUGUGACCUCGCCUCACCGCCCCAGAGAGAGGAGUCAGGCGGGUGGCAGCAGCGUGGAGGGAGCCGCCGCCAGAGGACCCCUAGAGCGGAGGCUCAGGCCUGAGGCUUACCAGCACCCAAUGGAUGACAAAAAGAAGAAAAGGAGUCCCAAGCCCUGCCUGACCCAGGCAGCCCAGGCCCCAGGCACACUACGCAGGGUCCCUGUGCCAACUAGCCACAGUGGCUCUUUGGCCCUAGGACUCCCUCAUCUACCAUCCCCCAAGCAGCGGGCCAAGUUCAAGAGAGUAGGCAAAGAGAAAUGCCGCCCAGUACUGGCUGGAGGUGGGGGCGGCUCUGCAGGCACGCCCUUGCAGCACUCCUUCCUGACCGAGGUGACUGAUGUCUAUGAGAUGGAGGGGGGUCUGCUGAAUCUGCUCAAUGAUUUCCACUCCGGCAGGCUGCAAGCCUUCGGGAAGGAAUGCUCCUUCGAGCAAUUGGAACAUGUUCGAGAGAUGCAGGAGAAGCUGGCCCGGCUGCACUUCAGCCUGGAUGUGUGUGGGGAAGAGGAGGAUGAGGAAGAGGAAGAGGACGGAGUCACGGAGGGGUUGCCUGAGGAGCAGAAGAAGACCAUGGCGGACCGCAACCUGGACCAGCUGCUUAGCAAUCUGGAAGAUCUUAGUAAUUCUAUACAGAAACUGCACCUGGCAGAGAAUGCUGAGCCUGAGGAGCAGUCAGCUGCAUAGGUGUAGUACCCAGGCCCACACUGCCUCUUUCAUUCUCUUCAAACUGUGACUUCCCUUCGUGGUGGUGCACGCCUAUAAUUCCAGCUACAUGAGAGACUGAGGCAGGAGGAUCUCAAGUUCAAGACCAGCCUGUUACAUUUAGACCCUGGCUCAAAAUUAAAUUUUUAAUAAAGGAAUGGGGGUGUAGGUCAGUGGCAGAGCGCUCGCCUAGCAUGUGCAAGGCCCUAGGUUUCAGCCCCAGGACCGGGAAAAAAAAAAUGACUUUACGCAGCUCCCCAGGUGCUAUGAAGUUGGGGACAUUGGAUGGAAUUAAACCAAAAAUAAAAAGUAAAAAAGUG